AUGAGUGCAGUGCUCAGCAGUCUUAACAUGCCUCUGCAAAUUAACUCCACAAUCCAAAAGCAAACCCAGAACCCACUCAUAAACAUGAAGCAAAAUGCUUUUAAAUAGUAUGACUACCCUGUCUAGCAUACAUAAGCUCAGAGCAUCUUAUUGAAUCUAUUAAGUGGAAGGUAACAUCAUUUGCAAUCUGCAGAAAUCAAUCACUAGUAAAAUAAAAUCAAUUUAAAAGCAAAGUAAAUUCAAGCUGCAGCCAUUCCUUAUAAACCUAAAUCAGCAUAAUCUUAAAUUAAUAGAAAAUUUAAUAAGAACUUCUCCAAAAAACAAAAGCCAAAUAGCAAUCAUAAUGUAGCCUCUCCAUAGUAAAUUAACUACUUUUCAGGACAUAGCUAAAGCUCUUCUCAUCUUAGAACUAAACUUGAUAACUUGACUCAAAAUCAAGAAAGCAAUAUAUUUAAUUAUCCCAAUAACAAUAUCCAAUAUUAGACAGACAAAGUGCAUUUGAAUCAAGAAAGUUAUACUGAUGAAUUUAUGUUAUAAACUUAAAAAUCCUAGAAGAGAAUUGGAAGUGGUUAGCCAAUCAGCAGCUAGCACUAGCAAUAACUAUCUCAGACAAAUAACUUUAAAAGAAGGCCUAUGUCUUCUUAAUUAUCUAAGCCUGAAGAUUAGUAAGUUUCUAGAAGAGAUGAAUUUUCAAAUGAAAGAGAAGAAGAAUUAAAAUAAAAAACUUAGUCUAAGUAUAAAAGACACAAAGAAUAGUCCAAGCUCAGACAAAAGAGCAAAAGCAGUCAAGCAAAAAAUCUUUAGAGAUCUCAGAACCAUCCAUUCAAUACUUUGUCGCCAGGUGAAAUAUAUUCAAAGUAAGUAGUGCUGAGUAAAAGAUCUAUUGAUUCACCAUUUCAAAACAACAAGCAGCUAUCUACUAUAAAGAAUACCCAAGAGUCCCUAGAUAAUGAUUUUACUUAAACGAUAACACAAAAUUUUGAACUUUAAAGUAUGUUCUCACCUAAGAUUCACACUAAGGACAUCAAUUAAUUAACCUAGUCGCAGAGAUUCAUCUCAACCUAAAGUUCUAAUAAGUUUCAUAAGAAGCAAUCGCUUCAAAGUAACAUUCAGGCUUUCUAGCCAAGAGAUUUCUUCAAAUCCCCUAAUGAAGACAAAGAAAAUAUUCAUUACAAUAGUAAUUAAAAGUCUAAGCAAAAGAGCAGUAACCUUAAAACUAAGCCAAAAAUUUUGCCAGCUUAAAUAUCUACAGAUUAAUUAUUUACUGGGGAUAUCAUAUAAAAAUUAAAACAAGAGGUAAAAAAGCAAGUUAAAAAGAGACUUGAAAAGGAAAUGAAUGAAUAGAAAGACAAGUAGUAGAAACAUUUGGCAAGUGUAAUGCCAUUUGAUAUGAGAUAAAAAAUAAGGCAAAAGAAGCUAAAUACCAUUUAAUAAUCAGCUUAAUAGUAACAAACAAUCAAUCUUAAAUAGAGUCUUGAUCUCCAAAAUGAAGUCUAAAAAUAGAGAUAGGAAUAUGAGGAUUAGAAAUUUCAAAGGUUGGCAUUGAAAAAAAGAAGAGAGGAUGAGCGAAAAGAAAAUCAAAUGUGCUUUGAGAUUCUUAAGAAAUCAAUGAGCAACUCUCCAUUGCGGAAAAAGCUAAAUAUGCCUUAAAGCCAGCCAAAUCUAUAGAAUAUAAUAAGAAUUGAAAGUGUUGAUGAAAGAGAUAGUAGAGCUAACCACGAUAUUUUAAAUUUCGACCCAGAAUUAGAUAACUUGGAUUAAAUAAUGAAGCACAAGAGAAAGCAAUCCAAGGGUAUAAUUGAUUCUAAGACAUUAAAUUAAGUUUAAGCCAACAAAACUUAGUAGUUAUCAAAUUAAUUGCAACUAGUAAAUAAAUAGAAAAAAGGAAGUAAUAGCUUAUCUCCGCCAAAGAAAGGAAGCACUAGUAAUUCACCUUACAUUAGUCCAAGCAAAAAGAUCAAGAUAAAUGGAUAGCAUUAUGAAUAUUUCCCAUUCUAGAAAAAUAAUUAUUAACUUAAAACUGAAAGCACUGACUAAGCAGCUAGUGAAAAUAGGCAUCAAUCUAUUGAGAAUUAUUUAAAAGAGCAAAAAUCAAAGAGACUGAAGGAGUAGAAAUAAAAGGAUAAGUAAGAGUCUAAGAAGCUUAUUAAACUAAAAUCUUAAUUAACAAAUUUGCAGCAUGAUUAUUUUAAAGGAUUGUAAGAGUACAAGGAAAAGUAGAGAGUUAUUAACAACGAGAAAAAUCCUUUGGAAAAAAAGAGAGGGACAUCAAAGAAGAGAAAGAAGUCAAAGAGAGCAUCAAGCAAGAAGCCAUAGUUAAACAUAGCUGAGUUAAUAUAAUUGCAAAAACAGCAGGCUUUAAUGUCACCAUAAAGAUAAAAGAUCGAGUAUAAUCUGAAUAUGCAAAGAAAUAGCAUGCCUGUGUUAACUAAAUCACCAUAAAUCAAUGUCUAAUUUAGACAGUCAUUUUAGUCUCCAGAGUAAUAUUAAAUGCUAAGGUCAUAUGAAGGUCCAGUAUUCCAGAAUGAUGCAAGAAGCUAAAACAGUUACAGUCCUUCUUAGCACACCACAGAUUAUUAGUUAACUUAAACUGCUAAAGACUUAAGAAUUAGAGACAGAGAAUCAUUGAUAUCUCAGUUUACAAUGAACACAUUAAAUACAAAUACUGGUCAAAACACAUACUCCUAGUAAGAUCUGCAUCAGUUCAAUUAGCUUGAAAACUAGUUUACUGCAAUUUAAUAUUAGAACUAAGUUCCUUUAUCUAUGAGAGUGGCAUUACAAAAGCCCAACUUAUUAAAUAAUAACUCUUAAAAGUAGCUCUAAGAUGUCAAAUCACUUAAAUCUGUUUAGAAUUCUCUGCGCUAAAAUUAAAUUGGUAACAAACCUUUAUUGGAUCUGAAAUCAGACUAGGCAGUGAAGAUGUUUUCUGAGUUUGCUAGAAUUAGAAAGGAGCUGGAAAAGUAAGUCAAAGACAAGAAAGGAGAAACUCAAAACAUUAAUUUGCUAGAAGCUGUUGUUGGCCUGCCCAUGAAAAAGAAGAAAAGUAGUUCUAAGAAGAGACCUAAGACAUCUAAUUUACCGUUAAAAGUAGGCUAGAUGCCGUUUCUUAAAUAGCAAUAUAAUCAGUAGAGGAAGUAGUCAAAUGCUACUGAAUACCCACCAUUACAAUAGAAUCUGCAGUAGCAGAUCCAGAAUGAUAAUAACUUGCAAUACUAAGAAAAUAAUUAGCUUUUGAUGAACUACCAAAUAAUGCAAGAGUAAAGAAUACAAUAAUCAAAGCACUAGAUAAUUGAGAAAAUCUAGUAAGUCCAAGAAAAAAUUCAAAAUAAUUUUAAAUAAAGACAAAAUAAUAACAGUUAAAGCCAGCCUUCUUCCAACCAAGUCUCAUCUUACUAGACAAACACUCAGCAAAUAAGUAACAAUAUCAGCAAUCCAAAGUCAUCUCAACAGACAAUAAUGCUUAGUGGAAACAAUAGCAAUGUCAUUCAAGAAGAAGAGUCUAAAGAUAUUGAAAUCACCUCAUAUGCCAGUCCAUAAACUCAAAGGAAAAUAGACACUGAGCAGUCGUAGUCUGACAUGAAUAGAAUACCUUAAAUCCUCAGUAUGGGCGAGGACGUUUCUCAAAUUAUUAGAAAAACUGAGGACGAUGACUAGAAUACUAUGCCUAUCAAUGAAGACAACAGCAUUAAGAAUAACAAUAACAACACCACCAUGUUAUUGAAAAAGAUGUAUUCUAUUGAAGAUAGAGUGAGAGAAGUAUCUAAUGACAAGCUCAAUGAAGCUGCCACUUAUAUUUAGAAGUGCUACAGAGGAUUCAUUUUUAGAAAAAUUAUGAAGGAAAAACUUAGGAUUGACAGAGAAUUUAGAAUGCUUAGAUAGAAAUAUGAAGUUAAGAGCAAUCCAACUUCUAACUAAACAUUGUCAAGCCUUGCAUUCAGUCAAAGCAAGGGCCUGUAAUAGUCAAACUAAUUCAAAUUCGGGACUUAAAAAACUAAACCUUGGAGCCCAUUUUAUGAUUAACUUUAUGAUAACAGCAACUAACUCUCCAAUUUCGCACUUAUAAAAUUACAAUAGUAAUAAUAGUAGUAAAAGCUUAUAUUGGAGUAAUAACAUUAGCAAUAAAUUUUAUAGUAAUAACAGCAGCAUGAAAUAUUCAAAUCUCAAAGCCAGGAAUCACUUGAAUCAUAUAUGUAGACAUUUUAAAACAAUCAAAACCAAAGCGAACAGUUUUAUAAGUUUGAUGACCUUGGUAAUGGAGGAAUGGCAUCAGUAUUCAAAAGUCCAUCUAUUGAGGAAUAAAGUGAGCCAAAAGAUAGCCAAAUAUAGAAUCAAAUGAAGGCAGUAUUUGAUUAUUAACCAACCAAGUUAUAAUUCUAAGAUAGCCAAAUAAAUGUUAACCUGAUGAAAGAAAGUGAAUUAACUACAAUACCUGUUAUUGUGAGAGAGCUUAAGGAAUCUAAGCCUUUAUUCAACAAUUUUAUAAGAGAGGAGCCUCGAGAAAAUGAGAGAUAGUCAGAUAGAAGCUUUAUGAAUGAUGAUAACUCAUAGAGGUCACUAAUGCCUAUUCAAGAAGAAUCGCCUUUCAUUAGUAAAAAUACGGAUGAAAAUAUUGUAGUAUACAAUAACUAGAUAAAGUAAAACAAAAUAAAUUUCUAUGGAGAUAAGCAAUCUAGUAUUAUUCAAGAGAAUGAGGAUUCACUAAUGAAGCAGCAUGCAGAUUAUCUAGACUCACCUUUAAAGCUUAAUGAUCUUUCUCUUAAUAAAAUAUCAACUAAUAACUCUCCUAGGAUAAAGAUGAAUUUGAAGAGAAUGAUCCCUCCAAGGCCAUAAACUAAAGUCGAGGAGGCUAAUGCAAAAAGAGAUGCCAUCCAAAUGAGGGAAAGAGGGAACUCAUCAGUCGAAGAUAGGUCAUAAUCAUCAUAAUCUUAGAUAUAUAACAAAAAGUAAUAACAAUUAGACAUAAGUUCCCUGAUCAACUAUGGUGAAGAGGAGAAGAUGUCUAAGAAUAGAAGCAAUACUAGGUCUUCUAAAAUGAAAUAAAAAGAUAACUCUAUUAGUAACAAAGUAACUCUUGGUGAAGAUGAUAUGAGGAUUAAGCAAACUACUAAAGAUUUACUUCAGAAGAUCCCGUCAUCUUUAAGCAAUAAUUUUGGAUCAGUCAUAACGAUGGAUGAAAGAAGUCCUGCUAUAAACAUUGACGACUUAUCACCAUCAAACUAGCAUUAAACUUACAUAUCGGGAAGCUAGAAAUAAAGAAAAGAUGAUUCAGUGAGCAUUAAUAAUACUUCAAUUUUUGAGAAGAAUUCAUUCUAAAUAUUCCAAAGAGACAAGCAAGUAAAUGUUUUCAAGGUAGAAAAUGAAAUUGAGCAAAUGAUCAAAGAUCUCAAUAAAGCCUUAAAGCAAAAAGUCAAGAUAAAGAAAUAGGAACUCAAAGAUGGAGAACUGUCGGUAAGAACAUAUAACAAAAAGAAAGGGGAACUUGAGAAAUGGGUUGAAAAGGAAAAAAGAGAAAUAAAUCUCACUAAAAAGCACUUCAAAUAAGGUUGUAUGGGAUUUAUGAGACUUUCAAGUCUGAUGGAGAAUUUUUCAAAGGAACAGGAUAGAAUGAAAGAUGCAGUUAGCUCCAUUAGAAAGAAAGGCAACUCAGGCAUUCUAUAGUAAAACAACUCUAUGAAUAUAACCAAUGUGAAUCAAAACUCGGCUGUAAGAAGAUCGCACUCAUUUGACAGCGAGAUGCAGAAAUAGUAUGAUGAAGUUUAGUAAAAUCUUUUUGGGGAUAACAGUAAUAAAGAGCCAAGUGAUGGAUACAAUACUGUGAGUGGUAGAAGACUUUCAAGUGGACUUGCCUCAUCUUUUGCUACAGCAAAUGUCAAUCAGCCAAAAAAUGAAAUACCAUAAAAUUAAUCUUAGAAUAAUAACAAGGAUGAUAUUUAACCACUAUACUAGAUUGAUGAAGAACAUAGUAAGCUAAAGCUUUUUGAUUACAACACCAAAUAUGAUAUUGAUUCAUAAAAUAAUGCUCCUAAGAAUGAAGAUGAUUCCUAAGAUGAAAUUUAGCUGCUUGAAAUUAAUUCCAACAAACUCUCUGAUUUAGCUUUAUCACAUAAGAACAGCUCACCUAUUUUUGACAUCCUUAACAAAAAGAAUUCUUAGAAUGAAAAUGUUAAUGAUUUCUCUGGAUUGGAAGAUUUAUCCCCUGCCAAAGGACAACUUAAUAUAAAUGCAUUAGAAGCUUAAGCUCAAAACAAUGAUAACUUAGCUUCCUAAAUUUCUUAGCAAAAGCUAAGUUUCCCUUUAUCAGGAAAUUCAAUGGGAGAAUCAAGCAACAAUCAGUAUUAGUUAAGUGAUACUCCACUUUAUCAGUAAAAUGAUGAUGGAAAACUUUCCUUUCCUGCAUAAAUAAAAUCCAUUGAGGACAUUGAGAAAUAAGAACAAAUCAAGGUUGAUCUUUUGGUGGAGGAAAUCUUAGAAAAUGUGCUACUUCGGGAUAUUAGGGAAAGAUUAUUUCCAAGAAGAGCUUUAAGUAAACUCUUUGCUUAGCAAAAACCAGCGUCUCUCCAACAAUAAGUCGAAGUAAGAAGAAUAGAUUUAUAAGUAAACAAAGACAAGGACCAAAGAAAAAGUCCAAAGGGGUCAGAGUAAACUAGUUAAGCCACAAUUCUAGGAAUAUCUCCAGAUUUGUAGGAUCAAAUAAAGGUUCUUGAUAAUAUAUUGGAGGAAUUGGAUAAUUCUCAGAAUCAAAUUAGCCAGUAGCCAAAAAUAUAAAUAAUUGAGGAUGGGGAUAGAUCAGCGAGUUCCAGAAACUCACCUGAGGCUGUUAAUGAUAUAAACGAUCCCAAAAUAUUAGACUACUUUCCAAUGCCAAGUGAUCUAGAAAAAUCUCCAAUAAUAGAUGAAAAAGAAAUUUUAGAACCUCAUGAAAGUCCAUCUAAAAAGGGAAUUGAAACAGGGAUCAAACAAGUUAAUGUUUAUAUGUAGGAGAUAUUUGAUAGACUAAAAGUAGACAAAACUGCAUUAUCAAGUGUCUUAGAAAACAUUAGUUAGCCUCUUUAUAAAGAUCCACUAAUGAUUCUCGCUCACUUAUAGAAUUCGAUACCAGAACUUCCUGCUUUGAAUUCGGAAAAUGAAGACUCUGAAAAUCCUUAACAACCUUUUGAAUCAGCGAUUCCCUUCUAGUAGUCAGUGCUAUCAGUAGAUCUCUACCUCGACAUUGAAAAAGACAGAAGAGGAGGAUUAUCCAUAUCCCAAAUGAAAGACUCAUUCCAUGGAGAUGAUUCAAACUCUUAAAGUUUCGUAAAUGAAAUGGAAAACAUUCAUAACAAGGCAAUAUUUGAUGCAGUAAAUGAAGCGAUGGAUGGGUUUAGACCAUAUGGUCUAAGAGGACCACCUCUGCCUUGGAGUAAGAACAGCAAGACUCUGACUUUCAAGUUUGGAAAGGAGGAGACUUUUGACUAUUUAUUGCAAAAAGUUAAGUUUAGAGUGCUAGACUGGGCACACAUUUCAGCCGGCACAAUGCCUAAAAUCUUUAAGGCUAAGCAAAUCUCCCAAAGGGAUAGAGAUCAUUUAGAACUAAUGAGAGAGGAAAGACUAGCUAGAAUCCUGAUAUAGGAGGCAGAGGAGAAUGAACCACUCUGGACUGACUACGAGUAUGAAGAGACUCAAACUAAGAUUGAUGUUGCUGAUCUUAUACUUGAGCAGAUGAUAGAAGAGCUAGUCAGCAUCAUGAAAAAUAACCAAAAAGAUAAGGAAGAUGAUGGCUAGAUAAUAGAUUUUAAUCUGAUGAUUGAAGAGUCAGAGUAAAAUAAGGAAAGUGUAGUAGAGGGAUAUCAAGUAAAAGAUUUAUGA